ACUGGCCAGUCAUUGGCCAUCAGAAGAAGCAAAGCCCCGCAGGAGGGAGGAGAACAAAUCCAAUUCAGCUGCUGCUUAUCUCUUCUGGGAACCUGUCAGCACUGGGAGGAGGAGGAGGAGAGCAACGACCCAGGCAUUACUAAAGCCGCUGUCCCUUGCAACACCCACAACUGAAGAAUCUCUGGGGAACUUGCAAGCUGCAGCAGUAAGAGUUGCCCAAGCCCCAUGUGUCUCCCAGCACAGCAGCAUCAUUGGGAACUUGUACCAUGGCAUCUCUUCCUAAGUGUCUCCUCUUGAUGUUCCUGGGCUUUAGCUGGACAGGUCUGCAGAAUUCCAGUGUAUUAGCAGCCCGGAUCAGAGAGCACUAUAUAGCAGCUCAGGUUGCCAGCUGGAACUAUAGUUUGCUGCCAGUGGAGCCAUCCAGAGCAUCAGGUUCAGAUACCUUGUUUAAGAAAAUUAUUUACACAGAAUAUGAAGCAGAUUUCAAAAAAGAAAAGCCAAGAAGUGCUCUGUCAGGUCUUAUGGGGCCAACACUACGAGCUGAAGUGGGAGACACCCUUGUCAUCCAUUUUAAGAACCUUGCUGAGAAACCACUGAGCAUCCAUCCACAAAGCACAGCAUACCACAAACGCUCAGGGGGUUCAUCACAUUUUGACAGAACAUCUCCAAAAGAAAGUGUGGAUGGUGCUGUCCCUCCUGGCCAGAUGCAGAAAUACACAUGGGAGGUCACUGCAAAAACUGGACCUAAACAGGCCGAUCCUCCCUGCCUUACAUAUGCCUACUACUCACAUGUAAACAUGGUGCAAGACUUUAAUUCUGGCCUCAUUGGUGCUUUGUUGAUAUGUAAAGAAGGAAGCCUGAAUGAAGAUGGAACACAGAAACAAUUCAACAAGGAAUAUGUGCUGAUGUUUGCAGUGUUUGAUGAAAGCAAAAGCUGGCAAAGGACAGGGUCUGUAAUGUACACAAUUAAUGGCUAUGCAAAUGGAACACUACCAGAUGUACAGGCCUGCUCUUAUGAUCGUAUUAGCUGGCAUUUGAUAGGAAUGAGUUCUGGACCUGAGAUCUUUUCCAUACAUUUCAAUGGGCAAACCUUGGAGCAAAAUCAGUACAAAGAGUCAACGAUAAAUCUUGUUGGAGGUGCAUCAGCAACAGCAAACAUGUAUGUGAGCAAUACAGGAAGGUGGCUAAUAUCGUCUCUUGUUGCAAAGCACCUGCAAGCUGGAAUGCAUGGCUAUCUCAACAUAGAAGACUGUGGAAAUCCAGACACUUUAACAAAGAAGUUGUCUUAUAAAGAACUGAGGAUGAUUAAGGACUGGGACUAUUUCAUUGCUGCAGAAGAAAUCGUUUGGGAUUAUGCUCCAGAAAUCCCUGACAAUAUUGAUAGAAAAUUCAAGGCUCAGUAUCUGGAAAAUUAUUCAAAUCUCAUCGGCAAGAAGUAUAAAAAAGCUGUCUUCACACAAUAUAAAGAUGAAACCUUCAGCAAACGCAUAGACAAGUUUUGGUCCAAAGAACGUGGAAUUCUGGGCCCUGUUAUCAGAGCUCAGGUUAGAGAUAAAAUACGAAUUGUAUUCAAAAAUAUGGCCAGUCGCCCCUACAGUAUUUAUGUGCAUGGAGUGACCCUUUCCAAAGAAGCAGAAGGAGCUAUUUAUCCUUCAGAUUCCAAAGAAAAUAUUACUCAGGGUAGAGCAGUCCAACCAGGGGAAACUUACACAUAUAAGUGGAUCGUCCUUGACACGGAUGAACCCACAGCAAAGGAUGCCCAGUGUGUCACCAGACUGUAUCACAGUGCUGUAGAUAUGACAAGAGACAUUGCCUCAGGACUAAUUGGACCACUUCUCAUUUGCAAACGCAAGGCUCUUGAUCAGAAGGGGAUCCAGAAUAAAGCUGAUGUAGAGCAACAUGCGGUAUUUGCUGUGUUUGAUGAAAACAAGAGCUGGUAUAUAGAGGAAAAUGUAAAGGCGUAUUGUAGCAAUCCAUCCACUGUUAAAAGAGAUGACCCAAAAUUCUACAAGUCCAAUGUCAUGCACACCCUCAAUGGCUAUGCAACGGACAGACAAGAUAUCCUGGGAUUCUGUCAGUCUGAAACUGUUGAAUGGCACCUCACCAGUGUAGGCACACAAGAUGAGAUAGUACCUGUGCAUCUUGCUGGUCACACUUUUCUGAGCAGAGGAAAGGAGCGAGAUAUUUUAAAUCUUUUUCCCAUGAGUGGUGAAUCGGCUACUGUAACAAUGGACAAUCUUGGUACUUGGCUUCUGUCGUCAUGGGGCUCCAGGGAGAUGAAUAAUGGCAUGAGACUAAGGUUCAGAGAUGCCAAAUGUGAUGAUUAUGAAGAAGAAACUGAAGAUGACUUUGAUGAAGAAGAAGUUGAUGUUGUUGAUGCAAAUGUGGUCAGUUUUGCCCCUGAGAAAAGUGAGCAAACCAAAGACAAAAAGGAGAAAGAAAACAGAGGUGCAGUAUAUUAUUAUGAGGAGGAAGAGGAUGAGGAAGAGAAAGUGGUAGAAGAGGAGGAUGAAGAGCAACUCUUAUUAGCCUCAAUGCUGGGUCUUCGAACAUUUAAUAGGCAGAUUGCUGAGACAGAAGAGCUGAAUCUCACUGAUCUUGCUAUGCAAGAAGAUACAGGCAGCAUCACAACUGUGAGUGUUGGAGGUGGUGAUAAUGAUGGUGAUGAUGGUAAAUCUGGGAAUUUACAUCUGAUGGUCACAGACAGCAGUGAUUGCUUGCAUGGUGAUACCUUGCAGGAAACUCAAAGUUCAACUUCUUAUUCAACUUCAGUUGAGUCCUUCCACCCAAAGCCCACAACUUUUUUAGAGAACAAGAUGGAGAGUGUCCCUUUACCAUUUGAACAAGCCCAAACCAACCAUGAAAAGAAUGCCAUUCAGAUUUCAGGCAGUUAUAGCCAGACGACUGAGCCUGGAUGUUUAAGAACAGCUGAAGGGGUCCAGCGCAAAGAUGGAGCAGAAUUAUUGGUUAGCACCAGUGCUCCCAUUUCAGUGCCCACUUCAGAAAAUGAAGAAGAGGGAAAUGCAUCUGGGAGAAAUCCUUCAGAAGGAAAGCCAAUAUUGACAGAGGCCACCUUGAUUGCCCUUAAAGAGAUGUGUGCCUUACUCUUUCGUGUAAAACAAAAGAGAAAUAUUUCUGCUUCAGACAACACCACUUUGAAUAUUGCAUCUCUUGCCACUUCUCCGACACUAAGCACAUCCAGAGCAUUCCAGAUCGAAACUGAUAAUCUUUCACAUGAUUAUGAUGAAGCUGAAGAAGAUGCAACUACUGAGCCUCCCAAAGUCUCAACUAAUUCAGCUUUUGCUGUGGAAGGAUCAAUGGAAAAUAAUAGUUCCAAACCACAACAUGCUUCUUCUGAAGUAUUUAUUGCCAUUCCAACUACAAUAAAUACCUCCAGUUUAGAUGUGUUAGAAACUGAUCACCUUUCAUAUGAUUAUAAUGAGGCUGAAGAAAUAAAUACUGAGCCAUCUAUGGUCUCAACUAAUUCAACAUUUUCAGUGGAAGAGACAGUGGAAAAUAAUAGUUCCAAACCACAGAAUGCUUCUUCUGAAGUAUUUAUUGCCACCCCAACUGCAGUAAAUACCUCCAGUUUAGAUACAGGAGAAACUGAUCUCUUUUCAUAUGAGUAUGACUAUGAAGAUCCAGUUUUAACUGUGGAAAAGUCAGAAGAAACAAAUGUUUCAAAACCACACAAUGUUUCCUCUGAAACAGGCAUCUCAGAUAUUCAGAGCAAUGGAAAUUUGACUAUGAAUGAUGGGUUAAACAGCUUAGUGUCUACUCUCAGUCCAAAUACUGUCAAGAGUUGGAAAGAUCCAUCCGAUUGCCAGGGACAAAAGUGUACCCCUAAAAAAAUAGAGUACACAUGGAAUGUAAUCUCUGAGAAGAAAAGUUAUGAUACACAAGCAGCUCUCCUUAAGGAUAUUAACAACAAACUGCAGAACAGCUCCAGAAAUAGCACCACAUUCCUGGAAAAUACAAUAUUCAUGAACAAGAAAAAUAAGAACGCAUAUAAAGCAAAUUCUCUUCCUGAAUUAGGCCAAGCAGAAAUUAACAACAAAAACAAAGUGCUGAAUGAACAAAGAAAUGAAAACGGAUCAUCUGGAACUUUCAUAAAGAUCCGCCGAAAGGAAAAACACACAAAUAGCUUAACACCAAGAACAUCCAAGCCCCUAGGAACACCUGGAGGCCUCAAUGACACCAAACAGGAUAAACCCAUUGUUACAAUAGGCCUUCCAGCUGAGGAUGGAGAUUAUGAGGAAUAUAUCAUAGAUGACACCGAUGAUGAAGACAGUACCAGUGAUUCUUUUGAAUACCAAAUGGUGCACUAUGACAAUCCAUAUACCAUGGAUGCCAGACUGGAUACUAGUGCAGCCCGUAAUCCUGAUGAUAUAGCUGAAAGCUACCUACGGUCUCACAACAAAUUAGGAAACUUGAGGCAAUAUUAUAUUGCAGCUGAAGAAGUUUUCUGGGACUACGCAACACGGAAAAGUACAGUGAGAAGUGGCCAAAGCAAGACAGUGUACAAAAAAGUGAUUUUCCGAAGUUAUCAGGAUAACGCCUUUAGGAUACCUCGUGUUGAAGGGGAAUAUGACGAGCACCUUGGCAUCCUUGGACCUGUCAUUAGAGCAGAGGUUGAUGAUGUGAUAAAGGUUCAGUUUAAAAAUUUGGCCUCCAGACCAUACUCGCUCCAUGCACAUGGACUUUAUUAUGAGAAAUCAUCAGAAGGCAGGAGCUAUGAUGAUGAGUCUCCAGAAUGGUUCAAAACAGAUGAUGCCAUCAUGCCAAAUAAUACCUAUACAUAUGUCUGGUAUGCAAACAAACGUUCAGGCCCUGCUGAAGGUCAGAGAGCAUGUAAAUCCUGGGCCUAUUACUCUGCUGUAAACCCGGAGAAAGAUAUUCACUCUGGCUUGAUUGGGCCAAUCUUGAUCUGUCAGAAAGGAAUACUUGAUAAGUACAACAGGCCACAAGACAUGCGAGAGUUUGUCCUCCUUUUUAUGGUCUUUGAUGAGGAGAAAAGCUGGUACUUCGAUCAAAAUAGAAAAAAGUCUCAGGCUGAGAGACGCUCAAGAGCCCUGCAGAGCCACACUUUUCCCGGCAUAAAUGGGAUCCCUUACCAUCUGCAGGGGUUGCGGAUGUAUAGGGGUGAAGAGGUCCAAUGGCAUUUGCUGAACAUAGGGGGCCCCAAAGACAUUCACGUCAUUCAUUUUCAUGGUCAGACAUUCAUGGAACAAGGAAUAGGAGAUCACCAACUUGGUGUCUACCCUCUUCUUCCUGGUACAUUCACUACUGUUGAAAUUAUACCAUCAGUAGCUGGCACAUGGCUUUUGGAAACGGAAGUUGGUGAAUAUCAAGAAGCAGGAAUGCAGGCCUUUUUUACAGUUAUAGAUGAAGGCUGCAAGCUGCCUAUGGGUCUGGCAAGUGGUAUUAUCCAAGAUUCGCAAAUCAGUGCUUCUGGUCACACAAGCUACUGGGAGCCUCAACUGGCAAGAUUAAACAAUACUGGAAAAUACAAUGCCUGGAGCACUGAGAAGAAGGAAAAUGAACACCCCUGGAUUCAGGUGGAUCUAAAAAGACAAGUCAUACUCACAGGCAUUCAGACACAAGGAGCCAUGCAGAUUCUGAAACACUUGUAUACAACAGAAUAUUUUAUUACCUAUAGCAAGUAUGGGAGAAAGUGGAAUGUUUUUAAAGGGGACCACAGAGGGACACAGAAGCUUUUUGAAGGCAAUUCAGAUGCACAUGGAAUAAAGGAGAAUCGCCUUGAUCCUCCUAUUGUUGCAAGGUAUGUGAGGCUAUAUCCAAACAAGUUCUACAACAGGCCAACCCUUCGUAUGGAACUCCUUGGUUGUGAAACAGCAGACUGCUCUUUGCCCUUGGGAAUGGAAAAUGGGGCUAUUGAGGCAUCACAGAUCACAGCCUCAUCUUAUAGGAAGACAUGGUGGAGUUCAUGGGAGCCAAAUCUUGCCCGUCUCAAUCUCAAAGGGCGGACAAAUGCCUGGCAAGCAAAGUCAAAUAACAACCAGCAGUGGCUACAGAUUGAUCUCCUUCGGCUUAAAAAGAUAACAGGCAUUAUAACCCAAGGGGCAAAAUCAAUGACUACUGAAAUGUACGUGAAAACAUUUUCCAUCCUUUAUCGUGAUGAUGAUUCAAUAUGGAAGUCUUACGUGGAUGGUUCAACUUCUGCAGCAAAGGUGUUUUCUGGAAACGUUGACAGUACUGGACAGGUUAAGAACUAUUUUGAACCACCCAUAUUUUCCCGAUUUAUUCGUGUUGUUCCCAAGACAUGGAAUCAGAGUAUUGCACUUCGAAUAGAGCUCUUCGGUUGUGAUGACUUCUAAGGUUUGGGCGUAAAGACUGCCAAAUCAAGAAGCCCCAAACUUUAAAAUGUGUUUACACCACCUAUGUUUUAAAAGGAAGGGGAACCAAAACAAAAUAAAGUGGAUCUACCAUGACUAUAUUUUGCACAUUCAAGACUCUUCAGCAGCUUUGAAAAUAUAAUUGAAAGACAAGUGGAAGAAAUUUAAUAUGAUUAAAAAUACAAUAAAUGAUUGUAUUUAUCAUUUUAACCCAGAAAAUAUGUAUUUUAAAAUGUUGGCUGCUUUGUCGGUUUCUGCAUUCCUACCAUUCUGUAGGAAAUCACUGGUUAUAUUUUGUACUUAUCUUGUUUUUGAAAUAAUGUCAAAAAAUACACGUUUAUUCCUGAUCUAAAUGCUUGGGGACAGAAGUGAUUAGGACUUCUCUGGAUUUUGCAUACAUUUGCAUUUGUAUUGGAGCCCUUGGUGGUGCAGUUAAACCACUGAGCUGCUGAACUCAGGUUGCAGGUUUGAAUCUAGGGAGCGGUGUGAGCUCCCGCUGUUAGCUCCAGUUUCUGCCAACUUAGCAGUUCGAAAACAUGCAAAUGUGAGUAGAUCAAUAGGUACCGCUCUAGCGGGAAGGUAAUGAUGUUCCAUGCAGUCAUGCCAGCCACAUGACCUUGGAGGUGUCUACAGACAAUGCCGGCUCUUUGGUUUAGAAAUGGAGAUGAGCACCAACUCCCAGAGUCAAACACGACUGGACUUAACAUCAGGGGGAAACCUUUACCUUUACCUGCAUAUGUAAGUAUGAUCCAAAUCUAAACACAAAAUUCACCUUCACUUAGCCUAACGGUCAUUUUAUGCAGUAUUUUAAAAUAAGUUUGUGCAUGAAACAAAAUUUUUGUACACUGAACCACCAGAAAGCAAAUAUGGGUAAAGGAAGGGUAAAGGAAGGGUAGUAACCUAUAUUUAAUGAAAGAGGCAUGAAUCUGGAAAAUUAUGGUGCCUUUUUAUGUGAACACAUUAUCUUAGUCAAGGAGUGACUUUCAAUAUCCAUUAGAUUAUGUCGUCUUUUACAUUAAGGUUACAUGGUGCGAGUCCCCUUUGGGGUGAGAAGGGUGGGAUAUAAAUGUGGUAAAUAAAUAAAUACACUUCUUUUGAAA